GGAGAGUUCAGUGUUCGGGUCUUGGAGGCAGACAGGGAGUUUGGAAGUGAAGUCCAGGGGCGUUUAGAAGUAAGAAAAAUAGGAGAUAUGGGGGGGGGUCCUCAUUAAAGAUACCUUGUCUCCCCAUCGGGGAAGAUGAGAGAACGUUAAAUAAAUACAUAAAUAUUUUUAAAAGUCAGUUUGGCUCAGGCUUUGUAUACACCCCUAACUUUGAAAGCUGUUGAGGAAUCUUACUGUAGUUCGUUUUCUGUCCUUUUUCCUUCCUGCCUCCGUCCUCGGGUCUCGACUUGUGCCCUGCUUCCCUCUGCCUCUGUCCCUCCUGUCACCAUCCCUUUCUGACCUCUCUCCCUCUUACCACCCGUUCUAGCACACCUUCCAUAGCGUCUCUGCCCAGGCCGUCUCUAGGCUGCUCCUCUCCCUGCCCUAGUCUUGGUACCUGUCUCUUGUCUCUCCCCCUCAGCAUCUCUCUCUGUCCCCGCCAGUCCCCCCACGCCCUCGCUUUUCAAACGCGCGCGAGACGGGUUGUUGCCCUGGCGACCGUUGGUCGGUUUUCUGAACCCUAACCCUCAGGCCCACCCACCGCCCGGGAGUAGAGAAGCCCCUGCCGGCGCUGCGCCUGCGCACACAGAGACUCCGCCUACUACAUCUCCCAGAAAGCACCGCAAAGAGCUUCUCCACUCCACCACGGUGCAGGAGAUGGCCGAGGAAGAACCCAUCCCGGCCAGGGGUUGCCAUAGAGACAGCGAGGCUGACGGCGUCCUAGUGAAGGCCAUGAUUGGUGCAAAACCCUGCAAAUCCCAGGAAGGGCCAUAGAGAAUUGACGAAAAUGGGGGGUGGAGGCAUGCGCGGUCUAGAGGGAAGUACAGCCAUCAGUUGCCCCCUAAGAAGCUUGUGCACAUCGACGGGGGCCGGACCCCUGGAUUGAAGGCGGGGAGCGUGGAAGAGACAGCCAGGAGGGCGCCCUAACCCUUAUAGCCACCGCUGUCCUAGGGGGCGGGACAAAGGGGGGGGUAAAGACGGAGACAAGGUUGGGGGAAGGGCGAAGGGGCGCUUGAGGGGCCGCGGAGCAUCUUGGGAGACGUAGUCCGCCGCGGACGGAGCACAGCGAUCGCGCAUGCUUGGGAGUGUGGCGUGGCCCGCUGAGCGUGGAGCGCUGAGAUACGGACACUGACAUUGCAGACUUGAUCUAGUGGUCCUGAUGAGGCCCAUCAUGCUGGGACCCUUGGGCCAUCCACCCCCAGAAGAUGAUGAGCCUGUCAUGGUGAAGCUGGAGGACUCUGAGGAAGAGGAAGAGGCUGCCCUGUGGGAUCUGGGACCUGAGGCUGCACGCCUGCGCUUCCGAGGUUUCUGCUAUGAGGAGGCAGUGGGACCCCAAGAGGCCCUGACCCAGCUUCGAGAGCUGUGUCACCAGUGGCUGCAGCCAGAGUUGCACUCCAAGGAGCAGAUGAUGGAGCUGCUGGUGCUGGAGCAAUUCCUGUGUGUGCUGCCCCCUGAGAUCCAGGCCCACGUGCAGGGGCAGCGGCCAAGUAGCCCUGAAGAGGCUGCUGCCUUAGUUGACAGGCUCCGUUGGGAGCUGGGCAGGCCUCGGAGAUGGGUCACAGUCCAGGUGCAGGGCCAGGAAGUCCUGUCAGAGAAGAUGGAGCCUUCCAGCUUCCAGCCUCCACCUCGGACCAAGCCUCAGACUCCAGAUCCUGGACCUGAGACACCUCCUGGGGCUUCGCAGGAAUUGCCGCUGGGCUUUCAGGUGAAAGAGGAUCCAGAGGCUACGGAGGAGCCAGAGUUGCUGGAGUCUGGGCCUUUACCUGUGACCCAGGAGGCUGCACCCACUGUCCUACCUGAGGAGGCCCAGGGCUACAAGACUGCGCUGGAGCUGACCUCUCCCCACGGUGACACUGGCCCCGAGGGGUCCUCGUGGAGGGAGCAGCCUAGGGCCCUGUGGCUUGAGGAAGCUGGGGGCCUCUUCUCGCCAGGUGAGUGAGACAUGACCCACAGUGGGUCUGGGCCCCACAGCUCUCUACCUUGCUCCUGGUCCAACCAGGCUGCCCUCUCCAGGUCCCCGAACUCCCCUCUUCUCCAGACCAUUCUCUGCCUUGGGCCCCGUGCCUCCCCUAACCACCAUAAAUCUCCGAGAGUCCAGCUUGUGUUUCCCACGCCUGUGUCUUCUCCCAGUCGUGGCAUCCUAGGUUCUGCUGGUCGGGUAUCGGGGCAGGGAGCGUCCAGAUGUGGUAUGAAGGGCAGGUUGGUAAACAGAGCGGGAGGGGCCUUGACACAACAGAGGAACCUGGCAAGGGCAAACUAGGGUCCUCCCGGGAUCUCCUGUCUCGGUUUGCUCUUUGUGUUGGCGGGGCUUCCUGUGGAUUCUGAGAUGUUACAUGUCUGAAACAUUUGUCUAAUCUUUAACACUGCAUCAUUAGAUGCAAGUCUGAUUGGAAGAUGUUCUUACCUGUACUGGGAACUGAAUUCAUUCUCUAGGCAAGAGCUCUACCACUGAACUAUAAUAUACUUCCCCAGCCCCACAUUUUUCAUUUUUCUUUUUUGUUUUUUUCUC